GCCUGCGGAAGGCGGCGGCGGCGGCGGCRGCRGCGGCAGCACCUGCAAGCGGAGGCUGGGGCAGGGCAUGAUAGAGCCUGCUACACUGUGAGAACGCAGCGGCCGCGGGGUCCGCCAUGCGCUGGCGGCCCUGACAUGGGCGCCAGCGGCUCCAAAGCUCGGGGCCUUUGGCCCUUCACCUCUACGACAGGGGGCGGCGGCCCGGAGGCAGCGGGCAGUGAACAAGCUUUGGUGCGGCCUCGAGGCCGCCCGGUGCCCCCCUUCGUAUUCACGCGCCGCGGCUCCAUGUUCUAUGACGAGGAUGGGGAUCUGGCUCAUGAGUUCUACGAAGAGACAAUCGUCACCAAGAAUGGGCAGAAGCGGGCCAAACUGAGGCGGGUGCAUAAGAAUCUGAUUCAGGGGCAGCAGGAAGUGAGGAGAAAAGGCUGGAAUGGGAGGCGGGAGCUGGUGGGAGGGAAUGGGGUUUAUCAAGUCGCCAGCGGGCUGCCUAGCGGGCAGCAGCUGGUGAAAGUAUCCUGGCUGGAGAAGUUCACUCCAGGAAGGAGGGAGGCCGCCGACCUACCGGGCCGACGGACUCCCAGACAGGCCCGGGGCGGGAAAGGGGCUGGCGGCGCAGACGCGGACCUUUGA